UCUCCACCCUCACUCUCUUCUGCUGCCAUCCCACGCUAUGGACGGCUGGAGUGAAGUACGUGCCAUCCGCUAAGAUACCCCACUGCCGCUACUAACCCCUCCCCUCAGAUAAACAGAGUAACCUCGGUGAAGGCCUCGUCGAACACGCCCAAAAAUCCCAAGUCCCGCCUCAAAAAAAACCCUAGCACCUCGUGUGUGGUGUUUGACGAUAGCCACGAUGUCAUUUGGACCGGUGACACCAAUGGUCACGUACAGUCGUUUGCGUCGGUCACCAUGACGCCGUACACCUCGUUCUACGCGUCCCAAACGGAUCCGGUACUUCGGAUCAUGAACCAUCAGAAGGGGAUCCUCUCUCUCACCUCCAACUCGCUUAAAUUCACCACCCGCCGCGGCAUGCCCAAGUUCUGUGUCGAAGGCGGCCCGCUCCGAAAACUCACCGCAAUGUCGUACUCGUCCGCAAACCAACACGAGGUCGUGCUUGGCUCGAACAACCCCAGCUCCGGCAAGAACCUCUGCACGUUCGACCUCAUCAAAAACUGCGUCACCCGGACCGCAAGCUACACCGACCCGGUGCUCUGUAUGGCGCUGAAUGUGCGCCAGACCGUCAUCGGGAAGCAGGACGGCGGCAUCGACAUCUUUGACUCGCGGUCGGACUCCGUCACAAAAACCUUUGUCGGCCACAGCGGAACCCUCGCCGACAUCGACUGCAAGGACCAUACGUUGGUCACGUGUGGCUUCUCCCACCGCCACAACGGCUACAUGGUGGACCCCAUUGUGAACGUGUACGACCUCCGCGUAAUGCGGCCGUUGUCGCCGCUCCUGUUUGCCGCGGGAGCGUCGUUUGUGCGGCUCCACCCCAAGUUUCCCAACGUGGCCGUGGUGGCCUCCGCGCUGGGCCAGAUCCAGUUUAUCGACAUGUACAACCAUACGAACGUGCACUUGUACCAGGCGGAUGUUGGCGGAUACAUGUCCAGCAUGGAGAUCUCCCCGUCUGGAGAUUACAUCGCCAUGGCUGACGGCUUCCAGAUGCAAUUGUGGUCGCACGGCUUCAACGCCCAGGAGCAACCACCUAGCAUGGCCGUUUAUGCCAACGCGUUGGACUACGCCACCAACACCUUCCCCGAGGAGCCGUUCGGCGUGGACGACGAUGUGCCGCUCAACACCAUUGGCAUGCCCUUCUACAAAGAAGUGUUGUUGAGUAACUGGUCCACCGAGAUGCGCUUCCCCAAGUCUGGCUGCGUGCUCCCCAAGCACAUCGACGAGGAGAUGCUGAGGCGCGAACUGAUCGCGCAUUACGAUCGAGACAAGUACGGCGCGCGGAACUCCGUCGCCAGGUUCGUUCCGCCCCACAUGAAGAAACAGGGUAAGAGCCCCAAGUUCAUCAGCGAGCGGCUCAACGAAGACUGUGCAGAUGCGUGCGACGAGGAUAUCUUUAGCUACGUGUCGUCCGCGCCGAACGUGGUGCCGCCGUGCUACGGCAAGUUGGAGAUCUUCUACUCGCGCUUUGGCGUCGACGACUACGACUUUGACUACUACAACAAGACUCAGUACUCUGGUUUGGAGACCCAGAUCGAAAACUCCUACGUCAACGCCAUUGUCCAGCUCUAUCGCUUCGUCCCUGAGGUGUUCAACAUUGCGCUCCAGAGCAUCGCCUCCGUUACUGACCUCCAGAACCCGUCGCUCCUUGCCGAGCUUGGCUAUCUCUUCGACAUGCUCCACAAAGCUCGCGGAAAGAACGUGCGGCUGGCCAACUUCCAGAAAACCUUCACGGCCCUCCCCGAAACCCUGGCCAUGAAUCUUCUCGAUGUCGACAACACCGCCAGGCGCGACAAAACCAGGCUCCGCAAGUUGGUUCUCGGCUUUAACCGCUUCCUCUCGGAACGGCUCGCCUUUGAUGCCCGCAGCUUGCCCACGGGCGACGUUGCCGCGAUGUUGGGGCAGUCCAUGGGCACCGUCUGGGAGACGGAAAUUGGGUCAAACUACUGUAGCAGCUGGCAGUCCACCGCGUCUACACUGUUCUCCAUCGGAAUGCCUGCACCGCCGAAGCUGGGCAUCCGUAAGUUUAACCACAGCAUUGUCACUUUUUUGGAGUACGCGCUCUCGCAGCAGCUUUCCACCACGCCGUUCUGUCCCAACUGCCGCAAGUACCACUUAUUUGAGGUUACCAAGGUGGCCAAGAGCCUCCCUCCUGUGUUGUCGUUGAACUUGGAAAUGAGCGAGGAUGACUUCCGUGACCUCCGAGGCUAUCGUAACUGGCUUCUUCCAGAGUUUUACGCGUCGAUGAACAAGGGCAGGCCGGUGUUGAAGCCCGUCACCACCAGCACCAAUACCAACGAGGUGCGGAAGUACGAGUUGUUUGGAUACGUGGCGCAAAUCACCAACGAAAAGAACGACUCGCACUUGGUUUCGUUUGUGAAGAUUGACAACCAACACACCCGCAAAAGCGAGUGGUUUUUGUUUAAUGACUUUAUGGUGACGCCAAUUCCCGAGUCCGAGGUGUUCAACAUGACCUACUGGUGGAAGACUCCGUUGGUGAUUGUGUACAAACACUGCGACACUCCGGCCCACUUUGACGUGCAGGCAUUCAGAAAGCCCAGGUUGGACGAUACGGUAUUGUACAGAGAUAAUUUUGCCGCUGGAUUGACAAAAACUGAUCGAAUCAUCGAGUACGAGCUUCUCACACAGUCGGAGGCCCCGGAACCGGGCACGCUCAUGGCGAUCGAUGCCGAGUUUGUGGAAUUAGAGCCUGAGGCCAUUGAGAUAAGGUCGGAUGGUACCCGAUCGUUGAUCCGCCCGAAGAGACAAGCGUUAGCGCGUGUGUCGGUCACCAGAGGCGACAACGGCCCGAUGCAGGGUGUUCCAUUGAUCGACGAUUACAUCGUGACCGUGGACCAUAUUUCGGAUUACCUCACCAGCUUCUCGGGGAUCGAGCUUAACGACUUGAAUCCCCAGGUGUCCAAGCACUCGUUGGUGACGUUACAGACAGCAUACCGUCGUCUCUGGCUCUUGUUGAACUUGGGCUGUGUUUUCGUGGGGCAUUCGGUGGGUAACGAUUUCAGAACGAUCAAUAUUCACGUGCCCCCAUCGCAGGUCAGAGACACGGCCCAGUUCUUCUACUUGCCAGAGAUGAAGAGGCGUCUUUCGCUCAAAUUCUUGGCGUAUAUAUUACUCAAGGAAAAUGUGCAGCGUGGUAACCAUGACUCUAUCGAGGACGCGAACACCGCCUUGCGCUUGUACAAAAGGUACUUGGAGUUGAAGGCAACGGGCGAGCUUGAAAAUACCUUGCAUAAGGUAUAUCAGGAAGGGCAGUAUAUGAAGUUCAGGCCACCUGGAGACUUGCAGUGAAUGUGUGUGGAUGAGGUUAGAUGUAUAGACUUAGCUGGGACAAUAUACAAAUAUCAGGUAAAGCGGCAUGGAAGCUGUACAAUGUGGUGGUAUGGAAUACGUUUUAUACUUAGGCCGAGGGAUUGCAGCAUCUUUGAGUAUACAACGGCAAGUGUAAUAUCUUAAUUCAAGCUCAUAAAUGGGA